ACAAUGAUAAUGCCUGAAGGGUGAUUAAAUUCUUGAACUGCAGAGCUCCAGUUACUAGUCGGCUGGUCACUGUAGUAGCUAGUCAUUGUACAGUAGCCGGUGUCCCCAUGCUGGUGGCUCAAAUGGACAUGGGGCAUCGUGGAUUAGCACCGUGGAUCUGCACCCCAUCUGCAGCAGAGAAAAAAAAGACAAACCACUCUCAACCAGAUUCAUUUCAUGCAAUAAACUAACCGCUGCUCCUUUAAAAGACCCUCAAUAACCAUCCUCAACUGCAUUCCCCCACCCCUUUUCUCUUCCCCUUCUCUGCUUCACCAUUCUUCACCACUUGCAUGAGCCUCAGAGAGUGAAAGGAGGCAAAAAGAGAAGAACAUGAAGCAUUUUGCAUUGACCUUUCUCCUUGCCAUUGUCCUCCACCAAGCUUGUUUCCAUGCCCGCCAGGUGGAAGCAGGCGAUGGGUUUGUGAGGGCCAGGGGGAUACACUUCUUGCUGAAUGGAAGCCCUUACUAUGCCAAUGGCUUCAAUGCUUACUGGCUGAUGUACAUGGCCUCUGACCCUUCUCAGAGACACAAGGUCUCAGCUGCAUUCAGGGAGGCCUCGAGCCAUGGCCUCACUGUUGCCAGGACUUGGGCCUUCAGUGACGGUGGGUAUAGGCCUCUUCAGUACUCCCCUGGUUCCUACAAUGAACAGAUGUUUCAGGGGUUGGAUUUUGUGCUAGCUGAAGCCAGAAGGUACGGGAUCAAGCUGAUACUGAGCUUAGUGAAUGACUAUGAGAACUUUGGAGGAAAGAAGCAGUACGUGAAUUGGGCUAGGAGUCGAGGGCAGUACUUGACAUCAGAUGAUGAUUUCUUCAGGAACCCUGUUGUCAAAGGUUUUUACAAGAAUCAUGUCAAGACUGUUCUUUAUAGGUAUAACAAGUUCACUGGAGUCCACUACAAGGAUGAUCCAACAAUCAUGGCUUGGGAGCUCAUGAACGAGCCUAGAUGCACAUCAGAUACUUCAGGAAGAACCAUUCAGGCUUGGAUAAUGGAAAUGGCUUCUUUCGUGAAAUCAAUAGACCGGAAUCACUUGCUUGAAGUGGGUCUGGAAGGAUUUUAUGGACAAUCAACUCCUCAGAGGAAGAGACUUAAUCCCGGCUUCAAUAUCGGAACCGACUUCAUUGCAAACAAUCGAAUUCCCGGGAUUGACUUUGCCACCGUUCACUCAUAUCCCGACCAAUGGGUAUCGAGUUCGAAUGUUCAGUACCAGCUUUCCUUCUUGAACAAUUGGCUCAACACCCACAUCCAAGAUGCUCAGUACGUCCUCAGGAAGCCAUUACUCCUGACCGAGUUCGGGAAGUCAUGGAAGGACCCCGGUUUCAGCACGUACCAGAGAGACCAGCUCUUCAACAUGGUCUACUACAAGGUGUAUGCGUCAGCGAAAAGAGGUGGGGCAGCCGUGGGAAGCCUGUUCUGGCAGCUUCAAACCGAAGGCAUGGACUCUUUCCGAGAUGGUUACGAGGUGGUCCUCAGCCAGAGCCCCUCGACUGCGAACAUCAUCGCGUAUCAGUCCCGCAAGUUGAAUCUGAUUCGAAAGAUCUUUGCAAGGAUGACAAACAUCGACAGAUGGAAUAGAGCACGGGAUGCACGGAAUAGGGGAAGGCCGAAUGGGAACUGAGAGGUCGCAUUUUAGUAAAACACUACGCAGGUUUCGUGAAAAUUUAAAGAGUUUAUAGAUUACAAUGAUGUUACGUUUGGGAUUGGGCAACCUCUCUUAGUGAUGAGCAGGUUUCUCGUCCAGGAGGGUAAGCUAAGAUUAAGCAUAGAUGUGUGAUCUUUAUAGGUUCCUGCUCAUGUUAAGGGCAUCAUCCAUCAUUUGAGAAGCUGUUGUGUGGGAGCUUAUGCAGUGGCGGUGAUUUUAAGUGGUUUCAAAUCAGUUUAUUACCA